AUGGUUCUCGGUCCCGUCGCCCGUUUGUGGCUCCCUUAUCUCAACUUCACUGUCGCCAUAUCGGCCUUGGGCUUCCAGACCGCCGUCUUGUACCCUUGGCAUCAUGAACUUGACAAGGAGUUCAAGAUUCUCAAGCAUGAGCACAGGGAGCAGCUGCACUUGCACCAGCAAAUCACUCUCAAGAAGCUGGAAGAUCUGGAAAGAAGAAUCGUGGUUGCCGAGAAAGCCAUUCCCGAUACCGCAUGA